AUGACAAUCCCAGUACCUCCCCGUGGUAAUUUGGACCAGCAAUCUUUGGUUUUCCCAGCAGCUGCUGGAGAAGACUUUACACCGCUUGUUUUGAUGGUGCAACCAGGAGAGGACGUCAUUGAAAAAAUAUCAUCGUUGAAUCAGUUUCCCGGAACAAUCACAGUCAUUACUGCGAUUGGAGACAUAUCCAGCGUCGUUUUAGGCCAUCCUUCUUGCACUGGUGUCUCUAUGAGAAUUGAGGGUCACUUUCCAAUUCUAAUGUUGUCUGGAUUGAUUACUUUCACUGAAACGGGCAUGAUAUCGCCAAACAAUGAGCCUUUUAGAGUUGUUAUGGCUAAACCAGAUGGAGGAACAUUUGGAGGUGCUGUAAUAGGACCAUUGAUUGCCCAUACUCCUAUUCAGCUUGUUCUUGGUAAUUUUAGUCAAAGUAAUGGCAGGGAAGUGCAAUCUUCUUCAACUGCUGCAGCUGCUGAUAAUCCAAAUAUUAUCCAAGACGAACCAUCCAGCCAUAAUGAACAUUUCGAAGGAGUGAACCACGUGAGGCGUUAG